AUGAGGACUCUUAAACUUCAGCUCGACUACGUUCUGGCGAGGAACAUUCCUCAGUCAGAUAUCCGAAAAUCUAGAGCUGUUUGGGACGUCGCGUUCGACUCUGACCACCGUCCAGUUCUUCUCAGCUUUAAGAUACGGUUCCACAAGAGAAACCGAGGAGUUCCUCUUCAACCGAAAAUCGACAUGGCAGGUCUGAAAGACGAUGAAUGCAGAAGAAAAUUCCGCCAACGUGUGUCUAUUCAUGUUGGAGUAGGGACCAGGAAGAAGCUUAACGAUGCGGAUUCCUUCACAAAGUGCAUCCAGGACGCUGUAAAGGAAACGCUCCCGGUUCUAUUGCCGCGGAAGAAGUUUGCCUUUGCAUCUGCGGAAACAAAAUCCACAUACAAUUCUGUAUGUGUCGUGCGCAGCGCUGGUGACUUCAACCAGGAAAAGCGUCUUAGAAGGAAGCUGCGUCGUCAACUGCAACAAGAAAACGAUAACGAGUGGACGUCAAGAGCGAUGCAGUUUUAG